AUGGCGAUGCCCUCAACGUCAGCUCCCCGGCGCUCAGUGAGCCUUCCCCCCCCGAGACUUGCCUCAAGCAGUCCGGAUCCGCAGAUUGAAAUCCUAUUUACCUUGCCAUCUGCGCGUGUCAUCUCCUUUUCUUCCAAACCUUCAUCCAGGCCUGGCUCGAGUAGCGGAGCAACAAACACAGAGGAAGAGCCGGGAACUUUGUCGUGGGCCUCGCCAUUCGAGAGAACUAUCGCCGUUGGGCCUUUGCGUAUAUACAGAGCCCCGGGGAGUGUGGCCUUCUUGAGUUGCGUCAACGCUCUGCGUCCGAUACUACCGAAGUCUCAAGCAUGGUUUGUAGAUGGGACUGGGGCGAAAUUCGUCCUUCAAAUCAGGCCACCACAAUACUGGCGAAUCGAGAUUCCGACUACGACUGCAGAGGAACUGCGGAUGCUAGCUGAGCUCACGAGAAUUCUGGAACAAGUCCUUCUUUUGGACAAAACCCCUUGCCCAUUUGAGAGGGACUUUGUAGUGGAACUGCCCGCCAAACCAGAAACUCCGGUGAAGAAACGACCUUGGAGACCUGUGGAAAGACCACAGAGUGAUGAUUCCCCAAAAUCAUCACCACUAGUACAGGCUAUAGCAAUCGAGGACGAAUCAAGGCCAUCGACUCCAUGUCCAGCCCCAAACCUCUCUGUAUCUAUGGAAAGAAGGCCAGCUAGCCCACCGACUCCCCUUCAGAAUCGUCGAUUGUCGUCCAAGAAUUCCGAAUGCGGAAUUCUACCUGCAGUGGAGGAUGUUGACAUUUCAAAGAUCACGUCUAGCAACCGUGCCAGUGACAAUAAACCACAAAAGCUACCCAGCGGCCCAGCUCUCAGUGAAGAGAAUCUAUCAUUGCUGAGGACUUCGGAAUCGGAGUUCGUAUUUGGGGGCUAUGUCGCAGAAGGCGAGGAGAGCGAUAGCUGUAGUGAAGCUACCAACAACAAAAUUUUAACCCUCAGAAGCAGCACAGAUGCCCAUCCUCCACUUGCGGAUACCGAAAUCGAGAAUAACAGACUACAGUCAAUGCCGAAUAGUAGUCGGUCGGUAACAGCACCUCCGCUACUUUCUCUAAUUACAUGCCCUAUACCAAAAACGAGAACUCAAUCUCCUCUCCGAACCGCAACAUCUUUCGAGUCCGCGAGCUCCGAAUGCUCGUCAAGUGUUGAGUCCUUCCAUAGUACCCAAUCUUGGGCGCCCCCAUCGCCGCCGACUUCCGAACCUGGUUCACCGUCGACAUAUCCCUUCCUGCACGAGAACAUCAUCUUACCAAAGCGUUCUCUUUACACUCGUGAAGCUUCUGAGCUUACUGUUACACGUGAAAAAUCGAGAGUCUGGGACAUGACCGCAUCGAGCGCACGAUCCAAGGCACGGAGUUUGUCACCUCCUCCCAAGACACCGCCCAAUCUGGUACAUGAUGGAAGUGACAAAUCCGAUGAAGAGAAGUAUGAGAUCACGACACCUCCAACUGUGAGGUCUUCGGUUAGGCAUCGAGCCACUACAAGCAGUAAUUCACGCCGACGAGAAUUGUCACCACUCCCCGCCGCUGUGAACCUCUUUUCACCUCCUAGGCGGCGACAGCGCCAUCUUCGGACCUCCAGACACCUUCCUACAGCCAUCAUCCAGAAGACUUGCGAAAUAUUAAUGAGCCCGCCAAGCCAUUUGUUUCACCUGAUGAUCAGCAUUGCAUCCAAGAUAGCGGCUGGAGAAUGGAGAGGCGUGUUAUCAGGACAUGGGGAAGCAGUCCACUGGGACUUUGAGGAUGAAUACGGCUCGAACACUCUGUACGAAGAUGACUACGGCAAUCCUAUCUCCAAGACUGCCCCACCGAAAGCAAAGACCUCUGGCGCCAUCGUCCCCGUUGGAACCUGUGAAAUCGAUUAG